AUAAAUAAACAAAUAAAUUUGUGAGCCCCUCUCUCUCUCUCUCUCUCUCUCUCUCUCUCUCUCUCUUCCCCCUUCUCCCGCAGCGGUUCCUCCCUCCCGUCCUCUCGCCGCCGCCGCCGUCGUGUUCCGUUUCCUUGCCGAUGGCUUCCGCCAAGUUCGGUGCUGUCGCGCAGGUGGAGAACCGAGGCGCGCUGUCCAAGAGGUCGCGCAACGACGUGUCUGUAAGGGAGGGGGACUGGAAUUGUCCUCAGUGUGGUAAUGUCAACUUCAGUUUUAGAAAUGUUUGCAACCGUGGAGCCUGCGGUGCACCCCGUCCAUCACCGAGUCCAAGUCCAAGAAUGAUGCCAGCACCUCCUUCUGCUGGGUAUGAUCGGUCACCUCUAUUUUACGGAGGGGGUGGUGGGGCGCCAUCUCCAAUCCCGCUUGGUUCUGGUAGCUAUGGUGCUCCAUAUCCACACCUUGGGAUGCGAUAUGGUUAUGGUCCACCAGUAGGAGCUCCUGGUUCAUAUGGCCUUUUCUCUUCAUAUGGUCAACCUGGACCGAUGGGUGGCAUGGGAUAUGGCCCUGGACCUGAGCUAGGUCGAUAUAGCUAUGGGUUUAGAGGAUCUCCAAUGCCGGUUUCUAGCCCAUGGUCUGGUGGAGCAUUAGUGGAAAACAAUGAUAACAUUGCUUCACGAAAGCGCCGUGGAGGCCCUGAUGGACUUUCUGAGGGUGACUGGACCUGUCCCAAAUGUGACAAUAUUAACUUUUCGUUCAGAAACACCUGCAACAUGAAGAAAUGUGGAGCCCCAAGGCCAACUCCUGGAGCUAACAUGAGUUCAUCUCGCAAGGACAAGGAUGCCCCUGAAGGAAGCUGGACCUGCCCAGAGUGCAACAACCUAAACUACCCGUUCCGCACGGUGUGUAACAGGAAAGGAUGCUCAUACAGCAAGCUGGCCCCAACCAACAACUGAACCCAACCUUGCUAUUCCUUGUUGAAAUAUUGUUGUACCCUAGAUUGUGACCUAUAUUAGUCGUGUAAACUCUGCAUAGAUGUGUUUCCUGAUCUGCUUGGAGAUUCUGUUCGUGAUGUUUGAUUUUACGUAUACCUUAUUAAAUGCUGCAAACAUAGGAUUAUGCUGUGCCUCAUUUGCGG